AUGUCGCAAAACGGCGUCAACGGAGACGUGGCCGAGUCCGCAGAACUCUGGAGGCAUCCCCAUCCCGAAUCGACGGAAUUCCAUGCCUUCCAGCAGCACGUUGCAAAGAAGCAUGGCGUCUCUACAUCAUCCUACAACGACAUCUGGCAAUGGAGCGUUGACCACCCCAGCGCCUUCUGGGAGGAAAUAUGGCACUAUACCGGGAUCAAAGCCAACAAGCAGUAUGAUUCUGUCCUCGACGAGUCCGCUCCAAUGUUUCCCAAGCCGACCUUUUUCGAUGGCUGCGAGUUGAACUUUGCCGAGAACAUCCUCUUCCCCUCCUCCAACCCUGAACCGAACUCCAUCGCAAUCAUCGCAGCGACAGAGAGCACGCGGGAACAAGUAACGUGGGCGGACCUGCGUGAGCGUGUCCGGAUAUGCGCCAGUGCCAUGGAAGCUCAUGGCCUCAAGAAGGGAGAUAGAGUCGCCGGAUAUCUGGCCAACCAUGUCAAUGCAGUGAUCGCAAUGCUUGCCGCGACUUCUCUGGGAGCAUUGUGGUCGGGCGUGAGUCCUGAUACAGGCGUGCACGCGGUUCUAGACCGACUCCGUCAAAUCGAGCCUGUGCUCCUCUUCGCAGACAAUGCCGUGACAUACAACGGCAAGACCCACGAGACGCACAGCAAAGUGUCUGAAGUUGUAUCAGCGUUACCGUCGGUUCGGAACCUGAUCAUCUUCGAAACCAUACCAGGGCACGCAUUCGAUAUCCCUUCGAUACAGAAACACCCUGGGACGACGGUUGAAACAUAUACCUCCUUUUUGUCAAAGGGCGACUCUACGAGACCUUUAACUUUUACAUACCUACCUCCUGAGCAUCCUGUUUAUAUCUUGUACUCGUCAGGCACGACAGGAGUACCCAAGCCAAUUGUACACGCUGCUCUUGGGACUCUGAUCCAGCACAAGAAAGAACAUGUAUUGCAGUGCGACAUCAAACCCGGCGAGCGGCUGUUCUACUUCACAACAGUGACAUGGAUGAUGUGGCACUGGCUAGUGUCCGGAUUGGCCAGUGGUGCAACAAUUGUCCUCUACGACGGCUCGCCCUUCCAACCACACAAGGAGAUGAGCAUGCCACUUCUGAUCGACGAGCUAGAGAUCAACCAUUUCGGCACUUCAGCCAAGUACCUCUCAGUUCUGGAACAAGCCCAUACUCUUCCUCGGGAAGCAUCGCCCAAAAGCGCGACGCUGAACUCUCUCAAAUCCAUCUUUUCCACCGGCUCUCCAUUGGCGCCGAGCACAUUCCAGUAUGUGUACAAGAACUUGUCACCUCCCGCACCGCACCCAGGGGUAUUGCUGGGUUCGAUCACCGGCGGCACAGACAUCAUAUCUCUCUUCGGAGCGCCGUGCCCGAUCCUGCCCGUCCACGCGGGCGAGAUUCAAUGUCGAGGGCUCGGCAUGGCCGUCAAAGCCUUUUCGGCGGACGGCGUCGACAUUACCGAGACCGGCCAACCGGGAGAGCUUGUUUGCACGGUCCCCUUCCCCUGCCAGCCAUGCAUGUUUUGGCCUCCGGGGCCUGCGGGUGAAGCGCGGUAUCGAUCAUCGUACUUUGAAGUGUUCAAGAACCCCAAGACCGGCCACCCGAUCUGGCACCACGGCGACUUUGUCCGCUUCAAUCCGUCGACGGGCGGCAUUUGGAUGCUAGGCCGGUCCGACGGCGUUCUGAAUCCGAUGGGCGUCCGCUUCGGGUCCAGCGAGAUUUAUAAUAUCUUGCUCGAGCAUUUCAAGAAGGAGGUCGAGGACGCAUUAUGCAUAGGCCGCAAGCGCCCACAGGACACCGACGAAGUGGUGGUUUUGUUUAUGAAAAUGGCCGCCGGACACCAGUUCACUCCUGAACUGGCACACCGAGUCCAGAAUGUGGUCAGAAAGGAGCUCAGUGCCCGUCACGUGCCCAAGAUCAUUGACGAAUGCCCCGAGAUCCCCGUCACGACCAAUGGCAAGAAGGUCGAGGGCGCCGUCAAGCAGAUCAUCAGCGGCACCCACAUCAAGACCAGCGCUAGCGUGGCCAACAGUGCCUGUCUGGAGUGGUACAGGGAGUGGGCAAGAACUCAUUGA